CCUAAAUUAGGUCACGUUUUGUGAAAUUAAAUAAAUCAGAAUCGCUCCACCGCAGAUAUUUCACACGACGACAAAUGUGGUGGCUGCAAGAAGCGGCAGUAUUCCAUCGUCGACGGCACUCGUCAUCAUGUUCCGUCGCGUCCUCGCUAGUCAUGCGCAUCACCGUCCCGCGGCGCUACUGACGUGUGCGGCUGGGUUCGCUGCGCUCUACAUGGCAGACGGACCGGUCGUCCAAGCCGACUCCUCGGCCAGCGGCUCCAUGCUGAUCCAGCAGCCGUUGGAAACGCGGUACGGCGUGCAGAAAACAAUCGGCCGCGGGGGGUUUGCGCACGUUGUGGCUGGAUGGGAGAAGGGUUCGAAUGCCCCCGUGGCCAUCAAGCGCGUAUCCAAGACACUCACGUCCAAGGCCAAGUUUGUACACGAAGUGUCCAUCUUGCAGCAACUGCAGGGCACGAACCAUGUCGUGCAGUUGAAAGAUGCGUUCGAAGCCCCCGACGACUGGAUCCUCGUCACCGAGUACGUUCCAGGCGGCGAAUUGUUUGACCGGCUCGUCCAGCACGGCACGUUUUCCGAACAACAUGCGAAAUCGAUCGCGCGGGACCUCGCAGAAACGCUCAUCACGCUGCACGCGCAGCGCCUCGUGCACGGCGAUGUCAAGCCCGAGAACAUCCUUCUGGACUCGGCCAACGACGACAGCGCGCGCAUGAUCCUCAUCGACUUUGGUUUAUCGUUCCGUGCGUCCGAAGGAGGUUGCCAUUUGUGGGACGGAAGCGGCACGGUGGCGUAUGCCGCUCCCGAAGUACUCAACCAGUCCGCCAACGUCACCUCGGCCAUCGACAUGUGGGCCCUUGGCGUCGUGCUCUUUGUUGUCCUCGCCGGGUACCAUCCGUUCGACGUUGCGUCAGAGCUGUCGGACGCCGCCGUCCGCCUCGCGAUCCUUCAAGGCGACUUUGAUUUCAAACAUGCCGCCUCGUGGGCACAUAUUUCCGACGACGCCAAAGAUCUCAUUCGUCGCUUGAUUGUGAUCGACCCCGCCGCCCGUCUAACCGCCGAGCAAGUGCUGGCCCAUCCGUGGCUGAAGGAGAGCCGUGAAGGAGGAAAAACGACUAUUUAACGACUAGUAGUACUAGUAUUAUUAUUUACACAAUGUUACAACGCUAACAGUAACGUUAUUAACAGUUGGUCAAGACAUUUUUCAUGCCUAGCAA